AUGCCCAAUAAACAGAGAACGAUUCGGUAUAUCGCAGAUAAGUUGCAGCUGACACUGGCCAGUGACACACUCCACCGUCACGAGUUGAGUCACCAUACCUUAGGACCAGAAGGUGGGAAGGACCGCACACAUCGAAUUACGGUAAAGACGUUUCGGGCUUGCUUCAAAUGCGCCGUAGCAAGAGUGCGAUGUAGCGGAGGAACACCAUGCAUCCGUUGCGACAAUCGAUCACUCGAAUGUCAAUAUCCAACCGAGCGACGAUCCAAAGCAAAAGCGCGGAAACAGUCAUCCCGGAAUCAGGACUCUAUGGACGGCUCGCCCCAGGAGCAGGUUUCUCGUCAUGCCCGCUCUCCUUCUGCGGCAAAUCCAGACAUCCCUUUCGCGCAGGACAGAGGAAAGCCAUCUGCUCAGAUUCCCGGCUACCAACUUGGUCAAUUUCAGAUCCAGCUGUCUGGGCAAAGCGCUUCCAAGACCACAUCCAGUUCUCAGGAACACCCCAGUGAACAUCUUAAUGGCCUUCAAGAUAGCCGACGAGCUUCUGAACCGGAGAAUCUGCAUUUGUCUAAUAGUAAUGGGGUGAUAGAUGUCUCACGAUUUCCUUUUGAUACAUACGCGGGAGUAAACCUUCAACAGCUGUAUCCGCAGAUGCCCACGUCGGACGUCAGGGCAACACUCUCAGGUGCCCAAGGGGCUCGAUUAAACCACCAGUUUCAACCCGAGAUACCAGGUUCUAAUACCAAUAUGGGUGUGAUGGUUGCACAUAACCAACAGCUACAGUUGGGGUUUGCACAACCCUACUUGGAUCCCGCAAUGGCCUCAACGAUCAACUGGCUUUCGAACGAUUUGUUACUUGAUACGACCGGUGAUCGCCCUACUGGAAACCGUCUGCCCCCGCAUUCUUCGCAAGGAGGGGCUGUCGACAGCUCCCUGGGUCAGGCAUCAUGGCUUCCCCCAGUUAUUAGUGCGGAACAAACUAGUCCAUCUUUACCAGAGCAUGUUUAUCAGACACCUUCUGGAAACACUUCGCUAGGUACUGAUGUCGACAGCCCCAGACCCUUUCCCCGCGAUGCUGUUCAAUCAUCGACGCCCCAGCCAAGGCCUUGCAACGCCUCCCAACGGUCAGCAGAUUCGUACAUAGACGGGGGUGGCGCUCGGCUUCCAAAAUACAGGCGGAAGCAGGAUCCUGGACUAAGACCUGCAAGUCUAAUCGAUAUUCGGUCUCAGUUACAUCAAGCAGGCGACCCGUCUAAAUUCUCGUUCCCUACCAUCCAGGGACUCAGGGAGGAAACUUUAUCUGAGGAAGUAGCCUCCAAUUUUCAACUCGAACCUGCAAUGUACGACAACAUUUACGAGGUCUUUAUCCAGCUGUGUUGCACCGAAAAUUUUCUUUAUCCUAAGUUUGAAAACAAGGACUUUCCCCCUCGAGAAGCCCUGUCGCAGUUCGUCGGACUUUACUUUGACUCUUUCCAGACAGUAUACCCAAUCUUACAUGGCCCUACUUUCAAUCCGAAUGCAUGCCACUGGCUAUUGACAAUGGCUGUUUCAGCAAUAGGCAGCUAUGCUGCUGGCAUUGAUGAACAAGAUAAUUGUUCUGCAGCAUUUCACGAGUUUAUCCGGCGAGCUAUACAUAUUGAGAAGGAGAAGUGCCGCCCAGGACAAACACCUCUUUGGCUUAUGCAGACAAUAAUGCUAAAUUGUGUCGGAUUGCUUCACGGAAGCAAUGAGCACAGUAGAGAUUUCGCGUUGGAUAGUAUCGGUGAGCUAGUUAAUCUUUCGACGCGUGAGGAGUUGUUACGUGCUUCUACCCAGUCAAGGCUUUCAACAAUGGACACUUCGCAGGGUGCUUGUUGGGCGACAUGGAUUGAGGACGAAACAAGAAAAAGAACAGGCUACUUUAUAUGGCUUUUGGACUGUAUGCUUGCAUACCACUUUGAAAGUCGGUUAUUGCUCUCCCUUGAUGACGGUCAAGCUCCACUACCAUCAGACGAGAACCUCUGGCGAGCAAGCUCCGCUGAUGCCUGGAAACGACUUUACGACAAGACUACUGGCCGAGAGGAGGUUUCUCUCUACAACGCCGUGCUCACGUUGUAUAUCGAGAAGAGGCUUGUUGCUAAUAUAGGAGAAUUCGGUCACAUCUUGUUAGUCCAUGCGCUUUACCAUCGGAUGUGGGAGGUGGGUGAUUAUUUUCGCCGUCCUUUGUCGUUCUGGAAUCCAACUGCCAAGAAGCAGUCAAGGGAGGCUGCGAUUCCCUCGGGAUCUGUUUGGCUACCAGGUAUUCCUUCGUAUUCGAGGUGGCGUAAUAGCGCAUGCGAUUGCCUGGAUAUUCUCCAUUGGGCAGCAAAUAGCACGAUAGCUAAGGCAUCUGGGCUCGAGCACCCGACCGUCCUACACCUUCACGAAGCCCGGAUUAUAUUGCUCGUACCAUUUCAUGAGAUUAAGACCUUGGUAACCUCUCUAGCAACAGAAAAGGUUCGAUGGAGCGCGCGUCAGCAGACCAUUGAGUGGCAUUAUAUACUUCGUUGGAUCAAACAUGAUCAGUAUAAGGCUCGGCUCGCAGUUAUACACGCAGGCGCAUCUUUGUGGCAUGUGCGAAGAUAUUCGACCAAUGCAUUUCAUGAGCCAGUAGCUGUAUUUCUUGCAAUAAUUACACUAUGGGCUUAUGGCAUGUGUCAUUCGCAGGUUUUUCCAGAUGUUAGGUCCCGUGGUGGGACAGAUGAGAACCUACCCAGCGAGCCCACGUUCUUCCAUAUUGACCGUCCUUGUGACGACGAGCUGGUCCAGAUCUUUGUUCGAGGAGGGCAAGGGAUGAAGGGUAAUGUGACUGGUGUGGGAGAUAUAUGUGCUCCCGAAGGUCCUAAACGGAUUCUUCAGGUUGGCUGCGAGACACUUACUGGUCUUAAUUCGUGGGGAAUAUCUAAGAGAUUUAUUGCAAUCCUGACAAGGCUCGGAGACUUGAUGUCAUGCGACAAAUAG